AUGAUCAAAGUUCGGUAUAGCGUUAUGCAAAUGAUCUUAAUACUCAACUAUCUCUUCAUCGCAUCAUCAACCGUCGAGGAUGAGUCUAAGAUUCGGAGAGUUAUAACGAUGAAAGAGAAUGAAUGGGAGGCCGGCUUCGUGCCUGGGCACUUUAAUCACAUGCAGGUAGAGAGGUGGUGGAUGAAGACACGAAACUUUCUCACAGAAGCAGGAUCCCUUCCCAAUAUCAGUGACUAUCAAUCGGUCGAUCCAUGGUUAUUUGACAUGGGCUUUGUUAAUGAUAUGCUCCGCCGUCUUCAAAAGUCGCCCUUAUUCGAUGACGACAUUCGGUUAGACGAACUCAAAAUUGUGCUUACAAAUCUUGAAGCGAUUUUGUCUAUGGAAGAUGAGCGGUCAGCUUUGAUUCAACCUCAUCCCAUCGACAUCAACGAUACUAUUCAAAUACAAGCUUAUUUUGCGACAGCAUUUCGUGCACUUGAACCAAGCAUACUAUUGCAAAUUUUGCCGAAAUGGAGAAAAGUUUGGAUUCGAUCCAGAAAGAACAACAAAGAGGAUUUGCCCCGCCUGGUCAUGGAACCAAUGACUCACGAUAUGAGAGUACAACAUAUUGCCAACAUCUUUCAAGAAGUCUCAUCCCUGAAUGCAUUAGGGCAAGAGACAAAGCAGGUGAAGCUGUUAGAAAGAUCCAAGCCCGAUAGAAUGAUACUUGCAGAACCAGUGGUAGUCCACAUUGUCCAGGUCUCGCCGAAUCCGUAA